AGGUGAUCUUGACGCAGGCGCAGAACGGAUUGAACCUGCAGCAGCAGCAGCAGCAGAUCAGAAGCAACAAAAGAAGAAACAGAAGAGAGAAGAAUAAACAACAUCAACCUUUAUUUUAUCACCGGAAACACAAAGUCUGAAGAUGAUGGAGAAGUCGAGCAGCCAGUACGACUCCUUCCUGUUCUGGAGGCAGCCGAUCCCGGCCCUGGACCUGUCCGAGCUGGAGGACCUCGGCCUCGGCGCCGCGGGGCCGCCCGCCGCCAGCGCCAAGGACCCCAUGUCCUCACUGAGGGGACAGGACGAGGACGAGAUCUCUGAGUUUUCCUCCUUUAACUUCUGGAGAGCUCCCAUCGUCGACAUCGACGCUCUGCUGGCCGACCUGCUGCUCUAAACCUGAUCCUGAACCUGAUCCUGCUCUAAACCUGAUCCUGAACCUGAUCCUGAUCUGAUCCUGGAUCAGCCUGCACCACGCUUCACAUUAAUAUUAUUAUUAUUAUUAAUAUUAUUAUUAUAGCAGAAGCUAAUUUAUAGAAUCUGAAACAUUAAAAAGUUUCCUCGUGUUAAAACAGCUUCAAGAAACUACAGACCUGAUCCCAGACCAGACCUUAGACCUGAUCCCAGACCUUAGACCUGAUCCUAGACCUUAGACCUGAUCCCAGACCAGACCUUAGACCUGAUCCCAGACCUUAGACCUGAUCCUAGACCUUAGACCUGGUCCCUGACCAGACCAGACCUUAGACCUGAUCCUAGACCUUAGACCUGGUCCCUGACCAGACCUUAGACCUGAUCCUAGACCUUAGACCUGAUCCCUGACCAGACCUUAGACCGGAUCCUAGACCUUAGACCUGGUCCCUGACCAGACCUCAGACCGGAUCCUAGACCUGAUCCCAGACCAGACCUUAGACCUGGUCCCAGACCUGAUCCCAGACCAGACCUUAGACCUGAUCCUAGACCUGGUCCCUGACCAGACCUUAGACCUGAUCCUAGACCGGAUCCUAGACCUGAUCCCUGACCAGACCUUAGACCUGGUCCAAGACAGACCUUAGACCAGGUCCUGGUCUCUGAGGAUCUGAGUCGUCCAGUUUGACUAAGAGAGAUUUGACCUUUGACCCCUUUGAGAAAUAUUAAGUCACUUUAUUUAUUUGUUUGUUUGUGUUUAUUUAUUUAUUUAUUUGUUUCCAUUUGUGCCUUUUUCUUUUCUUCCUGUCGUCGUCCUGCUGCUUCAUUCAGACACUUUCACUGUCCGGCCUCAUUCUUUAUUUAUUGAUUGAUUGAUUUAUUUGUUUAUUUCUGGUUGUUGUUGUUUUUGUGAGCCGGCCUCAAACUGGACAAACUCCAGUUCAUCUGUCAGAAUGUAAAAACCUGCCAACAAUAAUAAUAAGUCAAUAAAAUGUCACGUUUCUGAUCAAAA